AUGUCCACCGAAGAGUCACAGCCCGGCAACGGCCAGGACGCCAAUCGCGUCGCCGAGCAGCUUGAUCGCCUCAACAUGGACGGCGAGGCCGACGUAGUCCCGCGCACCGAGCAAGAGUACGCCGACUCGCAGCUCACUCUCCGCGCCAUUGUUUCCUCCAAGGAAGCCGGCGUCAUCAUUGGCAAGGCGGGCAAGAACGUCGCUGACCUGCGCGACGAGACGGGCGUGCGCGCGGGCGUCAGCAAGGUCGUCCAGGGCGUUCACGACCGCGUUCUUUCCGUCACUGGCAGCCUGUCUGGCAUCUCCAAGGCGUACGGUCUGGUCGCAAAAGGCCUCCUCGAUGGCGCCCCUGCAAUGGGCAUGGGCGGCGUCGUCCGUACUGAUGGCACCCACCAGCGCAAGCUAACAGUGACAGCCAUCCGUCUGCUGAUCUCGCACAACCAGAUGGGAACCAUCAUCGGACGCCAGGGUCUGAAGAUCAAGCAGAUUCAGGACGCAUCUGGCGUUCGCAUGGUCGCACAGAAGGAGAUGCUCCCGCAGUCGACCGAGCGCAUCGUCGAGGUACAAGGCUCCCCAUCCAGCAUCGAAAAGGCUAUUUGGGAGAUUGGCAAGUGCCUCAUCGACGAUCACGAGCGUGGAUACGGCACCGUUCUCUACAAUCCUGCUGGUGGCGCCACUGCAGGAGGAAUGGGCGGUCGCUCGUACAACCGCACUGGCAACGGAGCCGACUUCAGUGAUUCGGCGCCCACGUCGUACUCUCGUCGAUCUGGUUCAGAUGCCGCCAGCCGGCCUCCCCCUCCCACCCACGACGAGGAUGGUGUCGAGCUACAGACGCAGAACAUUAGCAUUCCUUCCGACAUGGUUGGCUGCAUCAUCGGUCGCGGCGGCAGCAAGAUUAGCGAGAUUCGCAAGACUUCUGGUGCCCGCAUCUCCAUCGCCAAGGCUCCUCACGACGACACUGGCGAACGCAUGUUCACCAUCACUGGUAGUGCCACUGCAAACGAGAAGGCUCUAUACUUGUUGUACGAGAAUCUCGAGGCCGAGAAGAUGCGACGUAGCCAGGCGCAGGAGUAG